AUGAGGUUUAAGAAGGGAACUAAAGUCGAAGUGUUGAGCAAAUCAUCAAUCCCAUCUGGUGCUUGGAGGUCUGGAGAGAUAAUAUCAGGAAAUGGACAUUACUACACUGUCAUGUACGAUGAUAGCAAUGAUGUUACACAGAGAGUACCGAAGAAGAUUAUGAGGCCUGAGCCUCCUACUGUACAAGUCACAGCUCCUUGGGCUCGCGGUGACAUUGUUGAGGUUUUGGAAGGUUGUUCGUGGAAGAUGGCAAUCGUUUCCAAGGUUUUGGAGAAAGGCUGUUUCUUGAUUAGAUUGCUUGGUUCCUCACUGAAGAUCAAGGCUAACAAAUCCGACAUUCGUGUUAGACUGUCUUGGCAAGACAACGAGUGGAUCAUGAUUGGGCAGGGUACAUCGAGGCUAAGCGCACAGACUUCAACAGGAAAGUUAAGGAGAAAGGUGAAUCCAAAAGGUAACUAUGUUUCAUCUGAGAGCAAAGACAAGCUUGACGAGUCUGAUGUUCUUUUGCCAAAAACUCCAAAGAAACGGACCUACACUUUGGUUGAACCAAACAAUCAAACUAGAGCAGAGGAAGAAGAAGAAGAAGAAGAUAGAGAGAGUGUUGCGUCUUCUGUUGGUAGCUGUUGCAUGGAUAUGGAUGGUGGUGUAAGUAGUGUCUCUUUCAGUCCCAUCGAAACCGGUAACUCUAGCGACACAGAGUCGUCUUCUUGCGGCUACGGAAGGAUCAAGAUGAAGAAGUUCAGGGUUCCAAGAAAAGUCUCAGAUGCUGCUGCUGAUGUUCAUAAGUUAGAGUUGGAUGAAUACCGAAGCAGCAUCGAGAGAUUGCACGCAUCUGGACCAAUCAUAACCUGGGAGCAAGAAACUUGGAUCACAGAUCUCCGUCUCAGGUUGAACAUUUCGAAUGAAGAACAUCUAAUGCAGAUAAAACACCUCAUCUCCGAUGAUCACAGUACAGCUUACAGAUAG